GCAGAUUCGAUGUGAUCCGUCGAGAAACAUUCCGAACACUUUUUCACUGUUUGGAUUAGCCUCUCAAACGUUGGAUAAUUCCACUCAUGCUGGAUAUGUGAUUUUUCAAAAACCCGAGAUUUAACACCCAAAUGUUGACCGUGUACAGUUCACGAUCCAAGUGUCCAAUAAACAGCUUGCCGUACAUUGCGCUACAAAUUAUGAUACACAUAACUUCCUCAGCAGUGGCGACCACCUGCAAUUCACGACUCCUAUCAGAUCGUGUCCAGGUUCCAGACACGGCGUUUGAGCAUUCAAGCGCCUUCAAUCUCCAACACGGCGCUUCAGCGGCAAGAGAUGACCCAUCGGAUGUGAGUUUACAAGAACGUGCCUGGUGUCCAGAUGCAGUGAUUCACACGGAACUGCGAGAGUUUAUUCAAAUUGACUUGGGACGCCAAAGUGUAAUCAAACUUAUCAUAACCAAAGGACGUGUGGCGCAGAGCAAAGGACGCCAAACGACACCGUACUUUUAUCUUAAAUAUCAAAGGGAACGAACUGGAUUGUGGUUUGAAUAUCGUAAGGAGAACGGCACGCAGCGCCUCAACGGGAAUCAGGAUGCAAUGACAGAAAAUUACAAUACAAUGGAACCCUCAUUUGUUGCACGAUAUAUAAGAAUUUACCCGUUCAGUUUGGAACCAACCAAGACUUGUUUAAAGUUGGAAAUCCUCGGAUGUAGUGCAAAUGGGCUCAUCGAAUACCAGUCUCCGCAGGGAUCUCUACUGUCCGACUCUAUUCUGCCCAGUUAUGCCUACGAAUCUCGGAAGCUAACACGUCAGACACGGUUCCAAGAUAACAGCUAUGAUUUCCAACCCACCGGUUUGCACAAUGCCCUGACAGACUUUGGCCGUCCGGGCUACCCACAAAAUAUCCCAUCCUCGUUGGUUUUACGCGGUGGCCUGGGCAAACUUUCUGACAAAGAUAUUGAAGCACUGACGAAUGUUGGGCCUUUCUCGAGUUUCAAAUAUGUCGGCUGGAGGAGAUCAUCUCAAUUCAGUCGAAUCAGACGACAAAUGCGGUACAUGCCACCAACUUCUUCCUCAGCAGUUUCAAAAGAUCAGGGCAAUCGCGGACCGGAAGCCCAGAAUGUGCGAAUUUUGUUUCGCUUCGACAGUGUCUACAACUUCACUCGAAUUCGCUUGUUUGUGGCCAACGAUUUUCGAAACGGCGUUGCUUUACCCAGAAAUAUUACAGCGCAAAUUAGUUUGACCGGAGAAUUCUCCGAUUCACAACCCAUGUUUAUUUUCAAUCCCGAAAAAGACCGACAUAACUGGAGUUCUCGGUGGAUUAAUUUAUCUUUGACGACCGUCUCCUCUAAUCCCGACGUGAGGGAUCUGUUUUCUGUUCAACCGAGGAUGGCAACCGAUACCGAACGGGAAUCAAACUCGGCUGGAAUGUAUCCUACUCUAACAGGUCGAUUUGUCGAACUGAAAUUGUUCUUUGAGAUGGAAUGGAUCAUAGUCGGAGAAGUAGCCUUCGAAAACCAGCAAGUGAAUGAAGAAAUCUUGGAAAGUAAACCACUCCCACAUCCUGCCAUUGUGAGUACCACUAUCGCAAGGACUACGACAACAACAGCAUCUCUUUCACGCUCAAAUUUACUGCUCGAAACUGCAUUCUCUCAGGGACAACCAACCACAUUAACGCUGAUAGUCGUUUGCGGAGUCCUGGCAGUAUUAAUUGUCAUCGGCCUGAUUUGUCUGUUUGGGCUGUGGAGACAGAAACACCUACGUGCAUCGUUUGGUGGUCGGUUUCAUCGUGGAAAGAAGCGCACCAAUGGAUCUACUCAAUUCGAUGGUUUAAACGAUCCACAGCUAUUGGCUUCAAAUUUAUCCAACCACAACAACGUUGCUAGUGAUAAUCAAAAAACCGCUGCACUCAUGGAUAUGCAGACCAAAUUCCAACACCCGAUACAUUGUCAACAAGACGCGACCAAACCCGUUCCCAACAGCCCCGCUUUUGUACCAGGACUACAGUUGUAUUCCAACACCAUAGGGAACAAUUUUCCCAUCAAUGGGAAUCUGGCAAACCCGGGUGUGGGUUCUGGCCUCAUAGUCAAUCUGGAUCCGAACAUACCUCAUCCAUUUUCUUCGAGUGGCCCGCGGGUCACUUCGGCACCAGUAACUACUUCAAUGAACAAUGGUCUUGCACAACCCAGUGACAUCAUUCAUUUUCUGCCCUUAUCAACCACUCAAGUAAGAUGUCUUACAAGCUACCCACCAGGUCAGCUUGUACAAACUGACCCCUACCGAACAUUUGUACCGGACAAUGCUAUUUACACAACACUACCCGAAUCCGAUUGCGACUCUCAACCGUAUGCGAGGAUUGGCAAUGGAGGUUCGAUCAGAGGACUGACCGCUACCAAUACCAAUCAAAAGCUUACAAACGAUCUACCUCGAUUUCACUCAAAUUAUACAGACCGUAGACAACUGGAAUCUGGUCAGACAAAUUUUAUUUCCGGACAGAAGGAUGCGAAUAUGCUUGUUUCUUCUGGAAUGGUUCCACCUCCACCUAGCCUCCCACUACCCCCUAUACCUCCUCAGCAUUUCUCCCCGAGUCCUAGCCAGGGAUCGGCGUCCCUGACUGCCGACGAAUUCGCCGACUCGGGUGCACCUCUGGUGUCUAACGAUGUCAAAGAUCAUGACACCCGUUGGUUGCCACAGUCCACGAUGGCGACAGGCCAAACACCAAUAAACAGACACACAUUCGUCAGCCCGGGAAUGAAUUCUACGGACCAGAUGCUUGUCCACCAACUGACAAACUUCCAGACUCUUCAAGGUUCCGACUAUUCGAACACCACCAUGGGAAGUUCCUCCAACGCGUACGGAGCCUACUAUGGCGCAGCAGCACAGUUCGCGCCAACUCACCGUACUUUAGGCGCUAUACAUAACCAAAUACAAGUGAGUCAGUCAUUACUUCACAGAUUCGACGGUGAAUGCAAACUCGCGUUCCUACUGUUCACUUUUUCCCAAAGAAAUCUAUUUUGCAAGUAUCCAUUCAUUUACACCUUUGAUCCCGGUCGAUUCAGUCAUCGUUUCGACCACGGUGAAGCACGCAGCAUUUCUGAUAUUCAGAUUGACGGACGAAUUUUUAAAGCCAUUUUUGUUGCUUACGGUGAAGUGAUCUCACUUUAUUUAUUGGCCUCUUAUUUCCAAGUUCCAUUGGCCGGGUAG